UUCCGGGGCCGGCGGCGCGGGGCGCAGGUGGAGAGGCCAGGCUGGCGGGGGCUUCGGCCUCGGGCUUCGGGAAAUGGCGGCGGGGGGCAGAAUGGAAGACGGUUCCUUGGAUCUCACCCAAAGCAUUGAAGAUGACCCCCUUCUGGACAACCAGCACCUCGCGCAUCAUUCAUUACAUGCUCAUUUUAGACCCAGAUUCCAUCCUCUUCCUACAGUCAUCAUAGCAAGUCUUCUCUUGUUAAUACAUGUUGUCUUUGUCGUUUUGGCAUUUUUAACAGGUAUACUUUGUUCUUACCCUAAUCCGAUUGAGGACAAGUGCCCAGGAAACUAUACGAACCCAUUGAAAGUUCAGACAGUCAUAAUCCUUGGAAAAGUCAUUUUGUGGAUUCUGUACUUCCUUCUUGAACGCUACAUCCAGUAUCACCACAACAAAGUAAGGAACCGAGGCUAUAACAUGAUCUACCUAUCAACAAGGCAGCUUAAAGGACUUGCUCUGAUGAUACACUCCACUGGCAGCACUGCGAUUCUCCUCGUGCUAUGCGUGCAGCACUCCUUCCCGGAGCCUAGCAGGCUGUAUCUGGACCUCAUCCUGGCCAUCCUAGCCCUAGAACUCGUCUGCUCCCUGACGUGUCUGCUCACUUACACAGUGAAAAUUCGAAAAUUUAAUAAAGCCAAGCCACAGCCUGAUGUACUUGAAGAAGAAAAAAUCUAUGCUUACCCCAGCAAUAUAACCUCAGAGACUGGAUUCAGGACUAUUUCAAGCCUAGAAGACAUCGUUGAAAAGCAAGGAGACAUAAUAGCAUACCUGAAGCGACACAAUGCUCUGUUGAGUAAGCGGUUGUUGACUUUCACUUCCUCUGAUCUAGACUCUCCACCUAAUAGAGUGUGAGAGACUCAAGGCCAAGACAGCAGGUGCAGAGGACUCCAGAGUAACGUAAGACUGACUGACCAUCCGACAAGCUGUCCUAGGGAAUUGCAGCUUUUGCCGGAUAACAUUUGACGAUUUUUGUUGGAAACCUGAAUUUCAUUCUCACCUGUGCGGCUGUUCAAUAUGUGGGACUUGGGGGUCACUUGAAAGGCACUUCACAGAGCCUGUGUAACUCAAGGAGGAGGUCUGUUUUUGCACAUUUUGAAGUUGUUUAACUGGUUUAUCAUAGGAUCAAAAGUAUAAUUUAAACAUCUCCUCGCCCAACGCUUCUACAUGACAUUAGAAACCUUGUAAUAAUUUGUUUAUUUAUAUAGAGGAAGUCUAACUUGAUAAUCUAUUUUAAACAAGGUUUUAAUCAAAUAAGUUCUUUCCACUCUUAAACUCA